UGUUACAGUUGUUAGAUGGCUUAAGCUUCAGCUACGAAUGCAACUCCAGGCGGUAAAACCCGCGUGAGAAUUGUGGUUUGUGGAGGAAAGGUUACCGGAAAAUCGAGCUUGAUUGUAACUGCCGCCACCGAUUCGUUUCCUGCCAAUGUGCUGCCGGUUUUGCCGCCUACACGUCUGCCUGAGGAAUUCUACCCCGAGCGCGUGCCCAUAACCAUUAUCGACACCUCUUCAAGUACGGAGGAUAGAGGUAGACUGAGUGAAGAACUGAGGCGGGCUGAUGCAGUUGUGCUUACUUAUGCGUGUGAUCGGCCUGAGACCCUUGAAGAAUUAAGUGAACUUUGGCUUCCAGAACUUCGUCAAUUAGAGGUGAAAGUGCCAGUUAUAGUGGUGGGUUGUAAGCUUGAUUUAAGAGAUGAGAGCCAUCAAUUGAGCCUGGAAACGGUAAUGAUGCCUAUAAUGCAACAGUUUCGAGAGAUUGAAACUUGCAUUGAGUGCUCUGCAUUGAAGCAAAUUCAGAUCCCCGAGGUUUUCUACUAUGCGCAAAAAGCAGUGCUUCAUCCAACAGGCCCUCUAUUUGAUCAGGAAACACAAGCUUUGAAGCCCCGGUGUGUGAGAGCCUUGAAGCGUAUCUUUAUUCUUUGUGAUCAUGACAGGGAUGGUUCUCUUAGUGAUGCAGAGCUGAAUGAUUUUCAGGUCAAAUGUUUCAAUUCUCUACAACCUUCUGAAAUAGCAGGUGUUAAGAGGGUUGUGCAAGAAAAAUUGCGAGAAGGAGUCAAUGAUCGUGGUCUUACACUGGCAGGGUUUCUUUUCCUUCAUGCACUAUUUAUUGAAAAAGGACGCCUUGAGAUAACAUGGGCUGUCCGUAGGAAAUUUGGAUAUAAUAAUGAUAUUAAACUUGCGGAUGAAUUGAUUCCACAUUCAUCAUUCAAACGAGCACCUGAUCAGAGCGUGGAGCUGACUAAUGAAGCUGUUGACUUUUUGAAGGGAAUCUUCGAACUUUUUGACUCUGAUAGUGACAAUACCCUGCGGCCAACUGAAGUUGAUGAUCUGUUCUCUACAGCACCUGAAUGUCCUUGGGAUGAAGCACCAUAUAAGGAUGCUGCAGAGAUAACUGCGCUGGGAGGACUAUCACUCGAUGGGUUUUUGUCACAGUGGGCAUUUAUGACACUUUUAGACCCAGCUUCUACUGUGGAAAAUCUGAUAUACAUUGGAUAUCCUGGUGAUCCUUCUUCUGCUGUCCGUGUGACAAGGAGAAGACGUAUAGAUCGUAAAAAACAACAAUCAGAAAGAAAUGUUUUCCAGUGUUUUGUUUUUGGGCCAAAGAAUGCUGGAAAGUCUGCAUUAUUAAAUUCCUUUUUGGGAAGACCCUUCAAUGAUAAUCGUCUGACAACUGAUGAGCAGUAUGCUGUGCAUUUUGUUAAUCAACCUGGGGGAACUAGAAAAAUCCUUGUCUUGCGAGAAAUUCCUGAGGAUGGAGUUGGAAAACUACUCUCUAAUAAAGAUUCUUUGGCUGCCUGUGAUGUAGCAGUUUUUGUUCACGACAGUUCUGAUGAGUCCUCAUGGAAAAAAGCAACUGAGUUACUUGUAGAUGUUGCCACUCAUGGUGAGGAUACUGGCUAUGAGGUGCCUUGCCUCAUUGUUGCCGCUAAAGAUGAUCUGGAUUCAUUUCCAACCGCAAUACAAGAUUCUACCAGGGUUAGUCAGGAUAUGGGAAUAGAAGCUCCUAUUCCAAUUAGCUCAAAGUUGGGUGAUUUCAAUAAUAUAUUCCGGAGGAUUGUAGUUGCAGCAGAGCAUCCGCACUUGAGCAUUCCAGAAACUGAAGCUGGGAGAACCCGGAAGCAAUAUCAUCGACUCAUUAAUCGCUCGCUUAUGUUUGUUUCAGUUGGAGCUGCGGUGGCCAUUGUUGGACUGGCAGCUUACCGUGUCUAUGCAGCGAGGAAAAACACCUCUGGUUGAAGGAUAAACGAACGAAUAUUCGCUAUUCACUGGCCGAAUCUUCUUUUUGAUAACUUUCUCAGGUUCAUUGAAAUGGCUCAUCUGAUUUAAGUUCAAAUGCAAUGUCAUUAAUUUAUCCUUUGUAUCCUUGAAGUAUUUUAUUUAGGUGAGCUAGUUUGGAUGGAAGAGUUCUAGUAGUAGAAAUAUCAAAUGAUGUACAAUUGAACAAGUUAUUGUGCAGGGCGUGUGCAAUAAAAGAAAUUUUGCUACA